AAACUUGAUAAAUUACGUGCUGAAACCGAUGCUGCAGUUCAGCGCGCAGAAGAAGCGGAAGCUCAAUAUAAAAAAAUCGAACAAGAAUUGACUGCGAAAGAGCAGGAGAAUAUUUCUCUUCAAAAUAAAAUUGCGCUUUUAGAAGCUGAAGUCGAACGAGCAGAGAAAAAAAUCUCGGAUGCUAAACUUGCUAAGGAAGAAGAAGAAAAUACUAAGAACGUCUCAGAAGGUCUUCAGAGAAAAGUCGCUUUACUUGAGAAUGAGUUGGAUAACACCGAAAAAAAUUUGAGAGAGACAACAGAAAAACUACGUCAAACAGAUGUUAAGGCAGAACAUUUUGAACGUAAGGUUCAACAACUUGAAACGGAAAAAGCAGAAUUAGAAAAGCAGCUCGAAGAAAUGACUAGCAAAUUUCAAGAAGCCGAGAAAAAAUAUGACGAGGCAAUUAAACAACUUGAUGAAUUUUAA